AUGGGCACCUUCUCUAUGGGCGGAAUGACCUAUGAACAGGGGAUGGAUGCAGAUAAACCAUCUAACAGUCGUGUUGUUAGAUCUGUAGCCUAUAAGAAGCAAAAUCUCCGAAAGGCGGCUUUCCAAAUUUGGUGCGAUCCAACCAUGCAAGAGUGGCCCAAAGAUGAUUUCAGGAUAUUUGUCGGGAAUCUAGGUAAUGAGGUUACGGAUGACAUGCUGGCAAAUGCCUUUAGGAAGUAUAAAUCGUUCAACAAGGCCAAGGUUAUUAGGGUUGCAAGGACAGGGAAAACCCGUGGUUAUGGAUUUGUAUCACUUUCUUCCCCUGAUGAUAUGUUAUCAGCGCUAAAUGAAAUGAACCAUGCAUAUGUGGGAAAUAGGCCAAUUACAGUCACUAGGAGCAAAUGGAAAGAUAGGUGCAUAGAUUCUGAAAAAAAUCGCGCUGCCGCGAAUCUAACUAAACUGGUCUCGAGUGAUGACAAAAAUUUGCGCAAAUUUAAGAAAUUAGGCAAGUCAGUUACGGGGGGUAAACAGCAAUAUAAAGCUCCCACGCCAAAUGCACCUCAGAAGGUAUUUAAGAGGAUCGCAAAACCAGUUUCCAAUGACAAUUACAGUGCACAUAACUUACUAGACAAUAUUUGA